AGUUUGUGUAGUUCACGAAGUGAGCACAAACUGAGGAGAUUCACAUGUCAAUGUAGUCAUUAUAGCUGACAAAGACACUAUGUAUUUUCUUUAUUUCUUUAUUUGAAAAAAAAAAAACGGAAGAGAUACCAAAGCUGAGAGAGGUGCUGAGGAGGCUUAACCACAGUAACGCCAACAGAGUGGCCUCACAGUAUUUAACAAAUGCCACAGGCAUCCUGUCCCUCAUACAGACAUCCAAAGAUAACAACGAGGAGAUGAAUAUGGACAAAGCUAUACUGCACUAUGAGCUGAGGAAGAAGCUGGGCGAUGAACUGAAAUGUCUUAGAGUUGAUCAUUUAAAAUCAUUUAACGACCUGGAGAAGUGCCUCUCAGAUGGAGUUAAGAAAUCAGAGAUGAAAUGUGCUGACAUAACCAAGAAAAACGUGGCUGUACCACCAGGCAAAGGUGGUGGAUACCAUCAGACUCUAUCCGCCUUGUGCAGAAAUAAAGGUUACUUCAGGUCAAAAGAUGGAAAAACAAGAGACCUGAACAAGUCUUUGGCUGAAAUUAUGUAUGAAAGCAUCAAUGAAAAGUUUAACGCCUUCUUCCCAAAUGAAGGUGAGGGUUAUGAUGAAGGGUCAGUACGGGAGAAGGUCGAACGAUUCAGUGUCUGCUCGAUCAGUGUCACUGAGGGCUACAGCAACCCUGCAGCAAUGACUCACAUUCUGAGGUUCUUAAAAGCUGAGGAAGCCAAGCUGAAGCAUUUUAUAUAUAGAGAGAUUGCACAAAAAAAGAAGGAAAUAUAUGCAUCAAUCACCGAUUCCAUCAAAGAAGAAAUGGUUCCUGGCUACAACAAGGCUGAAGAAUGUGUUGGAACGGGAUCCAUGUUGGUGAAGCAGACAGUACUGAAACAACAUACUGAGUCACUAAAGCACACCAUGUUCAACAAAGCAAAGAACAGGAUGCUGACUUCGUUCAGACAUCUGACGAAAUCAAUUGAGAUCAUGUUGAGAGAGAAGCUACUGGAAGCUAUGGCUCAUGCACUGACUAAAUCCAACUUCCCGUUUAGCAUGGAUGUCAGCGCUGAAAUUAGAGAGCUGGAGAGGUUAUCUGCCCUAACUGAUGAAUAACAGCGGCAAGAAUCUAAUGAAGAGUUGGUGCGGUUUUUGUGUAGCCAUGUAAAUGUUUAUGGCUGGACAGACAGUUCAGAAAUUACAUGUAUAAAUCUUCUAUAUAUCAUGUAGAUACAAUGUGUUAAAAACUAGUGAGGUAUGGCUAGGAUGGUCAGUCUUUGUCAAGAAGGUCUGUGGUUCUACUGUCUCUUAGAACUCUCUAGAUCGACAUAAACAACACGUCAUUUGUUUCAGUACGUCUCUGAGUACUCUAUGAACAUCAGUCUCAGCUGGUAAAAGGCAGGGAAACACACUGGACAGAUCGCCAGUCCAUCGCAGGGCAGACACACAAACACAUUCACACCUAGGGGCAGUUUACUAUCUCCAGACUAAUGUGACUUAUGUGGGGACCGUAGAAAUCCAAGCAGAACCUUGAUUUUAUUUGAAUGAUUUAUAUAAUUGUUUGGGACUUAACAAUUAGGGUAGUAGGCUUGGCACUUAAAUGUUUUAAUGAUUUUAGAAUGUCAGAUAUAGAGUGUUAGAUUUAGAAAACAGGCCCUGGGCUCUGUAAAGGCAUGGCACUUAAAUGUUUUAAUAAUUUAAUGUUAAAAAUAGAAAAUAGGUCCUGGGCUUUGUAAAGCGGCUUGAAACUAUUUUAUUGUUUUGGCGCUAUAUCAAUAAAAUAAAAUUGAAUUAAAUUGAAAACAUGACCCAGUUUAAAAUAAAUGUAGUUCCUGUUAGUAUAUAGAGUUUGCUUCAUUACAAGUGCAGAAUGAAGAGGCUGAAAAGUUGUCCUUUUUAGCUGAUUAUUACUCACUUUGGUAACAUAAUUAAGAUUCAGACGUGCUGUUUUAGUGAAUCUCUUUAAUGUAACUACUGUCUAUGAACCUAUUGCCUAUUGAAUGAAAUAUGUAUUUUAUACAUUUAAUUCUAUUUUUCACCUUUCAUUUUAUGCUUCAUUUAACAUUUCUGUGCUCAAACAUUUCUGAUGCCAAUACACACAUAGAUGUCAAGAUGGCGGCGCGCACAGGUGCGGUGGCUCCUUGCUCUCCAGUGUGGUGCUUUGUUUAUACCGUUUUGUACUUGUUUUUUGUGUUAGUUAGUCGAGAUAUGCAUUGCAAGCUACGUCUACAGCCGCCAGGACAUAAUUGACUACGAAUUCCAAAUGUUGUUGUAUGCAAUUGACAAUGAUUUUUCUUUCUCUCUUUCUCUCUCGCUCUCUCUCUCUCUCUCUUUCUGUUCUCUGUGGGGGGAUAGGCUGUUACUGACUCAUCAUAUACGUAGUCAUUUAUGUCUCAGUAGAUAUGAUACAGUAGGCUAAUGAGCGUCAAUGUGGAGGUGUCUCUUUGAUUACUUCAGUGACAUUAUUUUGUUAGUUGCUUUGUGGACCCUUUUGGAUUUGUCAAACUGCUAAAUGUGUGUUUUCAGUCUUUUUAUAUUCUCUGUGAACAAGUGGUUUUGGUUAAUCUGAUUCAGCAGGAUAACUGAAUGUUCAUUAAUGAAUGAAUAUCAC